UGUUUUAGUAUUUGUUUCAUUUUUAAUAUUUAUGUUUCGUUGACAUAAGUAUAUAUAAUUGUAAAUAAUAAAGUUAUACAAUGGCACACGAGUCACGUGCAUAUUCACUCUAUUCACAAACCAGGAUUCAACUGAUUCACAGAAUAUGAAAUGAGAAAAGCGUAGUUAUAACAGUCCGUGCACGGACAUUGUGCACGCGAUGUUACGGCCGGCAAUCGCUCGAGCAUCACCUCGCACCAUCAUGUAAACAACGAACAAGGCUGGCAAACUGCGCCGUAACGUUUCCGUCAAUAUUUUUGUUCCAAUUACUGACUGAAAGAAGCUUUGCGAAUAACCAAUGACUUAUAGUUUAAAUAUAACACUACCAUAAUAUUUAUAACAAUAUGAAAAUAUAUUCAAGCCACAUAAAUAGUAAAUGCACUACCUUGCAAUGGCAUCUCAUAUCAUCAGCUUCUCCAUCGAAGAUGUCAGUAAAAUAUAUUGGAUAUAAACACUAUCAAAUUGAAAGCUUUCAAGGAAAUGCACCUGAGCACGGGGCACUGUCGACGGGGGUGCGGGGCACAAUCAAUAUAAUAGGUGUAGAAAUCGACUGCUACACUAUAAGCUAUUAUGGAGCUAUUCACGCUAGUUCGUGUGAAGUUAAUAUCGCUCGAAGUCAUGUCGCACGUGUUGACUGCAUCAAUCCUUGCCAUGUCAAUUAAUUAUUAAGCCAGCUUCAGUGCGCAUCCGUGAUAGAGGCCUACGUUGCGCGUUACACUACUGCGCUUCAAGCGGCGCGGGCGCCAAUCAAGCUGCGCGUGCUGCGUGCGCGGACCGCGUGCUUAUGGCCGCGCCGGCACUGGCCGACGCCCGAGACGCUGACGGCCUUACACCGCUGCAUCUUGCUGUGGUUCACGGAAACGUGCCUCUGGUCCAGACGCUAUUGGCGGCCGGAGCUGAUGUCAAUGCCAGGGACGAUGAACAUCACACUGUAGUACAUUGGGCCACUGUGUGUGGUGAAGUGGGUGCCCUCCGUGCGGUGUUAGCAGCGGGCGCGGAUGCUGCCACGCCUGACCAGCAUGGCGGAUAUCCGUUGCACUACGCGGCGCAAAUGUGCGGCGCGCCGGCGGCCACUGACCAUCAGACAAGAGGCGCAGCUUUAGAAGUUCUUCGUGCAUUAGUUAAAGAAGGUGGAGCUCGUGUGGACGUACGAGAUGCAGAUGGACGCACACCGCUUCUUUGGGCCGCAUCUGCGGGUUCUGCUGCGGCCGUCUUGGCAUUACAUCAAGCCGGCGCAAAAGUUGAUGAUGCUGAUAGGGACGGGCUAACAGCCUUACAUUGUGCAGCAGCGCGAGGUCAUACUGAAGCAUUAGAAACUCUUCUAGAUCUUUGCGGUGCUCGUGUUGACGUAGCAGAUUCACAUGGUUGUACUCCACUGCACUAUGCAGCAGCGCUAGGACAUGCUGAUGCCACAUCAGCAUUACUACAGCAUGGAGCAGACUCCCAUCGUCAAGAUAGAAGAGGUCGUAGUCCAGCGCAUACAGCAGCAGCUAAAGGACAAAUUGAAACUGUCCGCAUUCUUGGAGCAAGAGGAGCAAAUUUGUGGCUCCGUAAUUCUAAGGGUGAUUUGCCGUUACAUGAAGCAGUAGCCUCAGGAAGAAGAGAACUUGUUAAAUGGCUUUUAGAUGGAAGACCAUCACAAGUUAAUGCAACUAAUCAUGAAGGUCGUACACCAUUACAUAUUGCAGCAGCUACAGAUAACGCUGACUUAUGCCGUCUAUUAUUAGAUCGUGGGGCUGAAGUCAAUCCUGUUGCAAGAUCCUCUAAGAAUGAGCCAUUAACGCCGUUAGAUUGUGCCACAACUCGGGGUCAUAGAUCGACUGCAAAGUAUUUACAAAUGCAUGGUGGUGUUCCAGCUUCAAAAUUAGCUAAUACACAAAUAGUAAUUGAUGGUGCUCCAAUUACAGCCUUACCAACACGGAGAGUUACUAGUACAAAAAUUGAUGUACGUGACAAAAUAAGAAUAGAAAAACGUGAAAUUGUGGAACUAUCCAGUCCUUUACAGGAAAGAAGAUAUUUAAAAGAGAAGAAUGACACUGAUUCCACGAAUGAGUCAUCUUCUUUAGAUAGAAAACGAUCAACACGAAGAUCAGAAAGUAAAUAUUCAGGAAAACAUGAUAAAAGAAAAAGAUUUAUUGAAUCUCAAAAAAGCUUUAGUGAUGGUUAUGACAGUGAAUUUGAUGGCUAUACUAAAGGAAAUUAUGAUCAUCAAAAACACAAAAAAAGUUCAAAAAAGUCUAGAUCAAAAAGUGAGCCAUCUCGUCGUAAUGACAGUACUUCAAGACAUCAUCGCCGCUACAGAUCUGGAACGGAUAGUUCCUCUGAUUCUGAAAGUUAUUCAGAAAAGAAAAAAAACAAACGUCAUCGUAAACGUAAUAAAAGAAAAUCUAGUUCUUCAGAAAGUAGUAGUUCAGAAUCGAGUGAACGUCGAAGCACUAAACGUAAGGGUAAAAAAACAUCUAUACAUAUUGAAAAUGAUGAAGAAAAACAAAGUGUUAAUAUUGUAAAAUACAAAAGUACUGAAAAUUCACAUCACGUGGAAAAAAAUGAAGAUUUAUUACAAAAUACUGAUGUCGCUGUUAAUGUCGUAAAACCAGAAUCAGAAAAAGAAGAUACUCAAUUAGUAAAAAAUAAAACUCUAAGCGAAACUGAAACUGAUACUCUUUCUGUUAAAACUAACAUGAUUGUCACUGAAGCACAGAUACAUAUGGAACGUGAAUCAACUCAACACGGAAGUUCAGAACUUACUGUAACUGUUGAUUCUUCUAAUAAUAUAUCAAUAGAAACGGCGAACUUAUCAGUCACUCAUAAAGAUUUGGAUGGUGAAAAAAAAUCAGAUGAUGAAAAAUAUAACCAAGAGAAUAAUAUUAUUACGGAAUCACAAAUGCCCCCAUUACAGGAUGGUGUUGAAUCAAAAAUUUCCAUACCAACGAAAAUAAACGAGUUGAAUGAGGAAAAGGAAACUGUGAACACUAGACCAUCAGACAAUACUUCUAAAAAGGAGGAAGAUAAAUCUUCAACUGUGUCUGAACCUAAAGAUAAUGAAAAUACAUCAAAAAUAAGUGAAGAUCUAAAACAUACUCAAGAAACAACUGCAGCUAGCCCUACAUUAGUUAACGAAAUUAAAUUAAAUGAUACUUCCUCGUCUACUUUAAAUAAAGGCAGGAAAAGAUCAUUUCAAGUAUUAUCUGGUCCUGAUGAAGCUAUACUAAUACAAAGUAAAGAUACGUCUGGCGACUUGAAAACAAGUUUAGAUGCCCCUAGUAUUGAACAAACAGAAUCCCAGGACAAAAGUAGUUCUCCUGUCGUAUCAUUCGCUAAUAAAGAUGAAGUGUUUGAAAGUAAAGAUUCCGAUAAACCAUGUGACCAUUUAAUGGGAGAAUAUGUUGAUCACACUAAUGUAGGAAGUGAAACAGAUAAACAAAUUCAAGAAAAUGUACAAAUAGAAACUAGCGAGAGUAAUGUAAUAAGUUCAGAUGAAAAAAGAAAAGAAUAUUCUUCAAUGACAGGUAGUAGUACUGAACUUAGCCAAACUAUUGACAAGGGACUUGUUACAGUCAUUGAUGGCAAUCUUUCUUCAAAUGAUAGAGCACUACAGCAAAUUAUUUUAGAAAACGUAGAUAAAGAAUAUGACGUAAAUUUAUCGUUAUCACAAACUUCGCCCAGACGAAUUAGAAAAACUUCAAAAGAUAGUCAGGUUAGUAGCAGAAAAAAUAGUAUUUAUGAAACGGAAAGUUAUAAAGUAUUAUCUGACAUUGCUAGUGCACCUGAUGCAAUAAUUACGACAGGUAUAUUGAAAAAAACUCAAUCAGUUAGUCAUAUUGAUGAUGGUUCUCAAGAAGAUGAUAAAGAUAUUUUAGACAACGAUAAUACAAUUAUUAAAGAUAACACAUACGGAAGAAUACCCAGUGUCAGUGAUAAUGAAAUAUACAGUCACUCUGAAGUUAACAGUCGAAGGAAACGUUUUCGUAAAAAAGGCAGGACAAAAAGUCGUACUACAAUUAGAUCUAAAAGUGAAAAUUCUGAAAGAGGUUAUGAAUCAAGUGGCUUAAUGGACUCGGGUUUCGAACCUAGUCCUAGAGCUUUACAAAGACGCAUCACUAGUCCACGCCUUGCAGCUUAUUACCAAUUGAGAAACGCUAGCGGAAGAUAUUCGGGAAAAUCUGAUAGUAGAAUUCCAGUGCGCAAACCGGGAGAUAAAAAUGCAGUGGACAUGAAGUCUGUCACUCAACGAAUUCAAACCAAUAUGCGACGCUACUAUUGUGAACGAAAAAUUUUUCAACAUUUACUGGAACUGAAACGUUUACAAAUAAGAACCAGUAAGACUAAUGAAGCUGUUCUUGUAAAAAGAGCUAUUGAUGAAUAUAAUAAAUCAAGUCUAGCUAGUGUUGGGUUAGGACCAUAUAACAGCCCCGACUUUUCUUUUAGUAGUUUCGAAAAGUUUCUAUACGAAAGUUUAAGAAAGCUGCAAAAAAGCGGCAAAAAACAUUUAGAUAAUCUACCAGAAAAUCCUAUUGACUUUGAUUACGGGGAGAGUGAACUGUACAAAAUGAGUGCCAUACCAGAUAAUCCAUGUUUGUGUACCAGCAAAACGCAUCGAUGUUUUCAUGCUGUACAUGCUUAUACUGGUGUACCAUGCUCUGCUUAUAUACCUUACAAGUGGAAUCAUCACACCAUGCCUAAACCUGCAACGGCAGGGCCAAGCACAAAAUCGAAAGGAUUUUUACCAAAAAUCAAUACGAAGUCACCCUCGAGUUCUGGAAAAGCUCAUGUCACACUGGAGGUUUCUCAUGGGACAGAAAAACAAUUAAUAGCUUUACCAGCUGAGAAAUUGGACAAAAACAAAAGAUAUUAUGUCACUUUUACUGUUAAGGGCUCUGAACCGCCUUCAGACAAUGAUAAUGUGUCGCCCAAUACUAAAAGUGUACUCAGUGGCUAAUAUUUAAAACUUUAAGCGAAAACGAUAACGAUUAAUACUCACUGCCAGUUAGUGGUAUAGAUAAAGAUUUUAAUAACUUAUAAAAAAAGAAUUGGUUGUAUUGUUGUGCACCAUAUCUAUUGUGAGAUUAUUGUGAUUAGACUGAAGAAACCGUCCGAUAUUACAGUCAGAUUAUGGUAGAAAAUACCUAUUUUUCUAAAUGUAUAGAAAAUAAAUUAUUAUUUAUUUUUAUGGAAACAGUAAUUUAUCUUCAAUCAACAUUUUCUAAUGUUUAAUAUAUGUGUGUAGUCUUCCUAUUGAAAUAUAAUAUUCUGCACAAAUAAGUUUGUAAUAAGGAUAAUUAUGUCCGUUUCUUGUUAAUUUGUGGAAAAAUUAUUAAUUCGAGUUAUUUAAUAACGAUUAUGACGGAGGUGGUAUCACAUACGAGUAUGUAUAUAGAAACAGUUGUUAUUCCUUAAUAUUCCAUUCAUCAGUUUUUUUUUUCAUUCUUAUAUCUAUAGAUUUUAUUUCAUAGUCAUAUUUAUAUCAUUACAGUACACAAGACUCGCGUUUUCUUACAAAACACGACCAGAUGAUCAAAUAGAUUCAAUUAAAAUUUCAUUAUUUCUAUAUAAUUUUUACAUUUUAUUGUUCAUUUUAUAGAAAAGUACAACGAAUUUCAAUAAAUUACUUUUAACAAAUAAAAGCUUUAGUUAUGUUAACCAACAUAUUUACUUUUCAUCUAUUGGAACUAAUACAUUUACAUAUCUACCUAUCUCAAUGCCAUAUCUAUCUAUAUAUCUAUCAAAUAUUAUAAUAUCAGACAGAGAGAGUAUUUACAGAGGGCCUAUUAGAAAACUUGCAAUAAAUAGAAAUAUAUAAAUUUUUA